AUGGUUCACGUCUCCUUCUACCGCGACUAUGGUAAAACAUUCAAGAAACCUUGUCACCUAUACGAGAAAGAGCGUUUAGAUGUCGAGUUGAAGCUCGUCGGUAAGUACAGACUCAGAUGUAAACUUGAGCUAUGGGGAGUACAGAACGCUCUGAGCCUAAUCAGGAACAAUGCUAGAAACCUUCUUAGUCUUAAUGAGAAGAAUCCUCAAAGGACUUUUGAAGGUGAAGCUUUUCUUUGA